AUCUCAGAUCUCAAUGAUGCUCAAUCAAAUUUGAAUGGUGCUGAACCAACUCACAAUGGUGCUGAACCAACUCAUAAUGGUUCUGAACCAACUCAUAAUGGUACUGAACAAGAUCAUAAUGUUAAUGAAAAUGGAGUGCAAUCAGAUGUUGACAGUAGUGACUCACAAGUAGAUGUUCUUCCUGAAGAAGAUGAUUCAGAGGUUGAUGAUGAAUUGAAAUUUUUAAGGGCUGAAAGGAGGAGCAAGAGGCAGGGUAAGCAGAGGAAAAAAUCAAUUGCAACAGAGGAGAUACCACUAGGAGAAGCAGGUAUUGACAGAGAAUUUGAGGAUAUUGAAAGAAACAAGGCUUCCAGAUAUGUAGGUAAUUUAGGUGGGGAUGAGCAGUUUAUUGAUAGUUCAGAGGCUGAUAGUGAAGAUAGCAUAGAAGAGUUAGAUCCUGAAGCCAUUCCUGGUGUUGAUAUACCAGCAAGAAGGAGGAGUACAAAAGUCACGUAUGAUCCUAAUUGUGAAGUUGCUAUUUGAACUUGGGAUGAUUUUUGAGAAUGCUAUAGAGUUUUGGAAAGCAUUAGCAAAUUAUGCAAUUGAGUACAAGGUGCAGAUUAAAUUGAGACCAAAUGAACUAUAUAGGGUGAGGGCUAAGUGUAAAUCAAAGAGAUGCAAAUGGGUGUGUUAUGCUUGUAUUGAUCGAGAUUUUGGUGAUUUUAAAGUAAAGAACUACUACCCAGUACACAAAUGUGAUACUUCAAACAAGAAUAAGUUGUGUACUUCAAAGUUUAUUGCAAAAAAAUUCAAAGAGGAAAUAACUAAGCAGCCCCACAUAAGGAUAUGGGAAAUACAGGAGUUAUGCAGGGACAAGCUAGGAUUGUAUGUUCGCAAGACAAUUUAUUAUAGAGUUAAACUGCAUAUUCUCAGAGAGUCCAUGGGUGAUUGGAAUAUGGAGUUUGCAAGGUUAUGUGAUUAUGCCGAUAUGAUAAAACAGACCAAUCCUGGUAGCUCAUGUUGGAUAAGGAUGGACAGUGAAACUGAGCCAGGAAAAAAAUUUUUUGUUUACUUUUAUGUGUGCUUUGAUGCAUUGAAGAAAGGUUGAUUAGAAGGAUGUAGGAGAAUCAUAGGUUUUGAUGGUUGUUUCUUAAAGGGUGCUUGUAAAGGUGAGCUUCUAGUUGCUGUUGGCAAGAAUGAAAAUCAAUAAAUAUUUCCUAUAGCAUGGGAAAUUGUGGACCAGGAGACAAAGCAUAGCUGGAGUUUUUUUAUCAACUACUUGAAAGAUGAUUUGCACUUAGAAACUGGAGAAGGAUUGACUGUGAUGGCAGAUAUGCAAAAGCAAGGUAGCCAAAACUUACAAGGACCAAGCCAACCUGCUGCAGCAAGAAGCUCAAGCCAACCUACAACCUCAAACUCUGUUUGUGAUUAUACAACAAGAGUUAGAAGGGUUCAUGAAGCUAGAAGCUCAAGUCAACCACCACCAACUUCAAUAGAUUCGUGCAGGCCUGCUAGAAGAGGAUUAGGUAGUCAACUUCCUCCAAAGGGUAAAGGAACUACUGUCCAAAAAAGAGGAAGGGGUGCAGGUAAAGAAGUUGCUGAAAAAGGAGGAGAAAAAAGGUCCAAAAAUGUUGGAUUUGGCAUCUACACAGCUGCAAGUGGAACUCAAAUACUAAAUCCGGAACAUCAAGCCAAAAAGUUCUUGCAAGUGGUUCAGCUUAUAAGAGUGUAACUCCAACAGGAGGAAGGGUCAUGAUGCUGUCACAACUUCCCAGUUGCAGCAGAUGAAGGCAAACUUCAACUAAAGUAGUAUCUUAGGAACUUAUAUUUUGACUAUAUGAUUAUGUAGCAGCAAACAAUUAUCUAUAGCCAAGGUCUAUUCUUGACUCUAAGGUAGCAGCAACCUAUUAUAAUUUGGGAUCUAGUUUUUGAAGAACUAAACUCUUAUGGUUCUAUUCAGUUGUGUAAUCUUCCUGUUCUUAUUAAACUUGGUAAGGAUCGUUUCUUUGUGUCAAUGUUACAUAGCAGUAAUCAAUGAUAUUGGCUAUGCCUUGUUCUGUU